GUAUUUUCCUUAUCGUAUAUACGUGGGGUUGGCAGUGGUACACUGCUCUGCUGCUCUCUCGACCUCCUUUGCUUUGCGAUCAUGUCAGCUUCUUGGCACGCUCUCACCGGCCUCGGAGCUCUCUCCGUAACCGCAAAACAGCGCCGUCUAAUUCCUUCACCACCAUCAGUUGCUCACUGCUUUCUCGCCAGCUUCCAAGAACUGUCGACGGAGCCUCCGCGAACCCAAACCACCGGCGCCGCUAUAAGCUUGAAAGACGCCGGCAAGACCGAGAAGCAAAACGACAUCGUUCCCGAUCAUAACCAAGCCGAAGAAGUAGAAGAAGACCAUGGAAUUUCCAAAAUCCCGGUCCCCAGGCAGAAGUACAUCCCCGUUUCCAAGGCCGAGCUUCUCGACGGCGUCGUUUUGAACUUGUUCAAGGACAGCAACGGUGAAGACGACGAUGACUUGCAGAGCUUUCUUCUUCUCUCUUCGUGCUUGGACUCCAUUCUUCACGCCGAGCACAAGGGAAUUUUGGAAGAAAUGCGAGCUGAUUAUUUCAAAUCGAAUUCCGCGGAGAACAAGCAAAAUGGCGAUUUGGUUGAUGGGCAGAGCUCGGAUUCUGCUAAUGGGAGUGUCAUCAAUGGAGUCGAGAGCAUUGAGGCAAAUGAGGAUGAAAAAAAUGAAGGUGGAAACGCAAUGCCGCAGUUAGAUUAUGUUUUGGAGUUGCGAAAACUCUUGGGUUCUCCGGCUAAGAACGUUGAGAGAGUUGCUGUUUCCACUCGUUUCCAGCGUUCUUUCAUGCAACUUCUUAAUGAUGCUCAGUUUGAAGAACUAUCCGAAGGGGAUUUAAUGCUGACUUCUGCAUUGAACACAGAUUAUCUCCUUACUUUGCCCAUAUAUGUUGACUGGAAGAAGGCAUCUGAGUCCAACGCAAUUAUAUUCAGGCGAGGAUAUGCAACAGAGAGGGAGAAGGGUCUACUACUUGUAGAAAAACUGGAGUACAUACAGUCCAAAAUUCUACAAGGAACCUUCUUCAUCGUAUCAAAACCGUUGGCGAAAUUUGGGAGCUGGAUAGUUGAGGCAUUCCAAGUUGCUUGCGAAACACCAGAAGUACAAGACUUGACUAAAAGAAUGAAGCUUUGGCUUAAGGAAUUGUCUGUUUUCCAGCAAGCAUUUCGUUAUAGCGAACAAACUUUUGAUGAUCUGCUGGGAGUAGAGCAACUAUCAAAUAAAGACCUCCCAAUUUGGCUGGCGGCACAGAGGGCAGUAUCUCGUUAUGAAGGGCGUUUAUCUUCAGUUGGACCCCGUGGAAGGCUCCUAAAGAAGUUGCUUUCAUGGAUUGGACUUAUUUCCCCUACACCAGAAACACCAUUUGAGCUGGAUGGCGAUACUAAUGAUUCUGACCCUUAUGCAAGGCCGAUCUUCUUAUCAAGGAUAUCACUCAGUGACAUAUGGAGGCCUGCUACUAGGAAAUACUGUGGAAAUGAUAUUUGGAAAAUGCUAAAAACUUCUGUUUCUAUUCUCUUCUCUCAGUCCAUCCUCCAGGAGGCAGCAUUUCAAGAAUUAAUUUUGCUUUAUACCCAAGAAGUAGAUGGCAGGAAUGCUGACUACAAUGCUACUGUUCCAUCGUUGCAGUUAAAGAUUUAUGAGAAAAUUCCCAUUCCGGAUCUACCAGUUAUCUUUCCCCACAAAAAGCUGUCUUUCCGUAUCAUAGACACGGUGCGCUUGGACAUUGCCUCAAUACUGGGGCUUUCGGCAUUCUUCAUAAACUACAAAUUUUUUAAUGUCUUAUCUUCCCCGUCAGCAAUAGUUCUUGAUGUGGUUGCAAUCAGCGCUCUUAUAAUUUAUGUGUCCCGUGUGGUUUUGGGAUACAAACAGACGUGGGAUAGGUAUCAACUUCUAGUCAACAUGACGCUCUAUGAGAAAACCUUGGCAAGUGGAUUUGGCUCAGUUCAUUUUCUUCUGGAUGCUUCUGAACAGCAACAAUACAAGGAGGCCAUUUUGGCGUAUGCAAUCCUUCUCAAAGCAAACAAGGGGAAGCUCACGUGUCGCCAGAGUGUUGGAGACGACUGCGAAAGAUUUAUGUAUGAUGUGUUUAAACUAAAGGUUGAAAUGCCAGUUGACAAGGCAGUUGCUACAUUAUUAAGGCUGGGGUUAGCUACAGAAACUCCUAUUGACGGAAGGAUUAGUUUGGAGGCCAUUUCCUGUUCAAAGGCACACAAUUCCCUGAAAGAACGUUGGAAUAGUUUGCUCGGUUAAUAUUUCUUAUUGCUGGUUUGCAGGUCCAGGUCCCAUCAAUAUAUACAUGUCGCUGCUACAAACCAUUUUCACGGGAAGCUUAUAGAAAUUAUAUCGAGUAAUUGUAUAGGUUAUAUUACAUCAAAAGGUGUAAAAGUUUCAUUUCUUGUUUGAAGGUAGAAACAGGGAAUGUUGUCAGGAGAAAACCAGGAUCAAAUAUUUUCAAGAGGACAGGUAUUCAUUACGCGAUUGAGGUUACGAUGCUUGUGUAUAGGAAGGAGUCCAUACUUAAUAGUUGGUUAAAUACCUUGACACUCUGAGUAUUGUAUAGAGAAUGCAAUCAGAAAUUUUUUUACUCA